CCCGUGACCGCCUUGCUCCGGGCUCUCCGGUCCGCCGUGGGUUGUGCUCCGUCCCGGCCCCAGCGGCCCUGCAAGCAGCCGAGUCCCCGUCCCACGGAGCCCGACUCGCAGGGCCUCUCGGUCCGGCUUAGCUCCCACCGGCGCCCAGACCCACCCACGGGUGGAUCUCGCACCGCUGCUCGGCGGGCUCCCGGCGUGCGGCGCCAGGGGGGAGCCGGCAGGGGGCGACCCUCCCGCCCCUUCCCGUUAGGGCCCGCCCCGCCCGGCCGCCAUAACCCGCCUGCUGUCGCCAUGGAGACCGGCCCGGGGCCGUGGGAGCCUGUGUGAAGAAGGAUGCAUGGGACCCGGUUCCAAGUAUCAUGGAAAAGUUCAAGAGAAUACCCUGAGACUUGCUGCUGGUAAAGGGCACAAAGGGACACCUGGAAGCCCCAGAGGACUUGCAGAAGGAAGCCGGAACCCCUCAAGUCACAUCAGAGAGGUCUCUGCUCACAAACCUCCUCUGACUGCCAAUCUUUUCUGUGCUGCUGUCGUGCUGAGUUUAGGAUUACAGCAAAUGGCAGAAGACAGAAGAAGAGAGGAAAUCUCCAGCCCGCAGAUUGACUUUGCCACCGCUCACCAGUGGGGACAAGAAGAAAGGGCAGAAGAAGAAGCCAGUUGCAUUUAUGCUGAGUAAAAAACCACCCUUGCCUUCAGAGACAUCAUCAUCCCAAGAGAAAUACGGAAGUUUUACUCAGAGGAAAUUAACGCUCAAGAAGGCUGAGUUAGCCAAAACCUUGGAAGAGAUCAAAAUUGCCACAAAUGUGGCCAAUCUGAAGAAAAAUGCCAUCGAGGAGCUGAAGCAGCACAGUGCCUGCCUGGCAGAGACCAACUGCCGGCUGAUUAAGGAAAUCCAGCACUCUGAUGACAGCACUGCCAAGCAAGCAAGGGUCUUGCUGCAGCAGUAUGAAGUAUUUCAGAGGGUAAAGGCAAUGGUGCAGACCUUCAAUCAGAAGCAGCUGGAUACAGCAAGGGCAGAGCUCCGGGAGGUGGAAAAAACAAUGGAAAAGAAUCUGGGAAAGCUACAGCAGCAGCUGGAUGAAGUCACAUCGAAGGUACAGGUUCUCCAGGAUGAGCUCAGCAUCCUACGGACCUACAUUGAUGGGCAGUAUCCAGAACAAGCUGUCCAGAUAGUCCUUCUGCAGCGCAGCAUACAGAACCUGAAGGAGCAACAGCAGGGGGAGAGAGACAAGACAGAAGCAAUGGGGAAGGCCACCUUGGCAAAAUUGGAGGAGAACGCACGGGCGGAACAAGAGGCGCUAUUACAGAAAGUUGUGGAGGAGAUGUUGCUGCACCAGGAUGGCCUGAAGCAGAUGGUGAUAAACAAUCAUGUUCUGCGACAUGAAAUACUGAGGGAAAGGGAGAUCAUUAAGGACCUGGAGAAGGAGAUUAGUGAGCUGAAGAGAAGCAUCCAGUCAUUCCGCCAGAGUGCAAGAGACCCAAGAGAGCUGAUCUUUGCUGAUGUUUUCGUUUUUCACCGCAGACCAAAAGACAUCACUAUUUACCCCGGGCUGUGUGUAGGUUUUAAACCCACAGUUGCUUUGGGUUCUGCUUGGGAAGAUGGCUGCAGAGUCUUGUGGUCUUGCCUAAGAGCAGUGAGGAACUAGCCACAAAGCUAAUGUGCUGUCAGCCUUGGUCAUGUCACAUCUCUCUUGUGGCCCUCCCUUUGUACUGCCUGCAAGUGGAGAUUAUUAGUGGCUGCAGCCAGGGACAGUCAGGACCAGCAGAGCUUUUCAAGGCCUUUUUGCCUACACUGACUCUUACUUCAUUGUUGUUUUCACUUUGUAGUUGGGAAACAAAAGGGGGGAAAGGGGGCAGAAGCACCCCUGUCAGGGCAGGACUUGCCCAUCUAGAGCCGCCUUGCUGGUUGUGUGAAAUGGUGGCAGCACUCUGUGAGAACAAAGAUGGGCAGCCAUUUCCCUCAUAUGUAAAAAAAAAUGUGUUGGCAACAUUGGCUGGCAGCAAAAAGGAAAAA